AUGGACCAGUUUGCGCCCAUAAACCCUUCGGCUUCUCUCUAUGUGGGAGACCUGCACCCCAGCACCACUGAGAUGAUGGUGUAUGAGGCCUUCAGCCAGGUGGGGCCCGUCAUCUCCGUGAGGAUCUGCAGACACCGCCUGACCCGCCGCUCCCUUGGUUAUGGUUUUGUGAACUUCCAGAACCGCCAAGAUGCUGAGCAAGCCCUGGAUGAAUUGGCAUUCACUUUGAUCAACGGCCGGCCGGUCCGGAUCAUGUGGUGCCAACAUAACCCCUCCCAGAGAGCCAGCGGAGCGGCCAACAUCCUCAUCAAGAACCUCGACAAGUCCAUCGACAGCCUGGCCCUCCUGGACACCUUUUCAGCCUUCGGGACAGUGCUGUCCUGUAAAGUGGCCUGUGACGACAACAACAUCUCCAGGGGUUACGGCUACGUGCAGUUUGAAACUGCAGAGGCCGCUGAGCAGGCCACGAAGAGGCUGAACGGAAUGCUCUUUAACGACCAGCAAGUAACCAUCGAACCGUUCCAGCCCUAUGAGGACAGGGAGGCUGAGCUGGCCAUACAGUCCAGGGAGUUUACCAACGUCUAUGUCAAGAACUUUGGAGAGGACAUGGAUGAUGGGAAGCUAAAAGAGCUCUUCAGCAGAUACGGACCAACAUCCAGUGUCUGUGUGAUGAGGGACGAGAACGGAGGGUCGAAGGGAUUUGGAUUUGCCCGGUUCGAGACACAUGAGGACGCACAGAAGGCGGUGGACGACCUUAACGGGAAAUAUUUAAACGGCCGGCAGCUGUUCGUGAGCCGAGCCCAGAGGAGAGGAGAGCGGCAGAUCGAGCUCAGGCGCCGGUUUGAGCCCGAGACCCUGGAUCGUGGGGCCAGGUAUCAGGGGGUCAACCUGUACAUCCACAACUUGGACUCGGGCAUGGACGAGGAGCGUCUGUACAGAGCUUUUAGUCCAUUUGGAAACAUCGUAAGCGUCAAGGUGGUGAGAGAGGGGGAACGGUGCAAAGGAUUUGGAUUUGUAUGUUUUUCGUCCCCAGAGGAGGCCAGCAAGGCCAUGAAGGAGAUGAACGGCCGUGUGUUGGGCACCAGGGCCCUCUAUGUGGUGCUGGCCUGGGCUCGCCCCGGUGUCAGUCUCCAGCAGGGGCCCUGUAUGCGACCCCGACGUGAGGUCUACAUGGGACCCCGAAUGGAGACCACCGACACCCCCAGCAGCAGCCUCACCCACACCAACAGUGGCGGCCCCGUGCACGUGCCCGACGUGAGCCCCACCAGCGUCCACAACAUGGGCCCUACUUGCGCCCUCAGCGAGAGCGUAGCGCACGUUUCCAACGUGGGCCCCACACGCUCCCCCAGCAGGAGGCCCACUCAUCCACCCAGUGGGAGCCUUGGGAUUGCCCCAAUUGUGGGUACAACAUUCGGCCCCUUGAUGAGCCCUGUGUGCAGCCCCAGCAAGAUUCAAACGUGCACCCCCGGUAUUGACCCUACAUUCGGCCCCGGUUUGGACCCUGUCUACGAAGAGAUGAAACUGUGUGUGAAACUGGAAAGAUGA